AGAAAAUGCUACGCACAGUGUCGCUGGCAUGCUCAACGGCGAAUUUGUGUAAGAACACCAAACCAGUCUGGACGCUGGCAUCAGCCGCACGGUUUUCAGACAAAAAUAAAGGUGACGACCUGGAGACGGAUUUGCAGAAGGAUUUGAAGAAGUUGAACGAAAUUCUGAAAACUGGAAUCACGGAGACCGAGACGACGAGCAGCCCGAAAGAACCGCCGGUCGACAAGAAUUUCAUGAAUUUCCGAAAACAAGCCGAGCAAGAAGCCUUUCAGCGGAGCAGCAUUUUCAACUGGAAAACCGUUCUUGGAACAUUUGCAGUCGGCGGAACAUGCCUUGCCGCUCUAUUUUACAUCAAGAAAAUCCGUCUGGAUGAGAGGGAAAAACACCGAAAACAGACGGCAGGAAAAGCGAGAAUCGGUGGAGAAUGGGAAUUGAUGAAUACAGACGGGAAAAUGGAAGGAUCUCAGGAACUACGUGGAAAUUGGCUUCUGAUGUACUUUGGAUUCACAAAUUGCCCGGAUAUUUGCCCUGAUGAGAUUGAGAAAAUGGUGAAAGUCGUGGAAAUUAUCGAGGCAAAGAAGGACGCGACGCCGAUCGUUCCCGUAUUCAUUUCAGUAGAUCCUGAGCGAGAUUCUGUUGCUCGAGUGAAAGAAUAUUGCUCCGAGUUCUCCAACAAGCUACGUGGAUUCACUGGAACCACAGAGCAAGUUAAUAAAGUUGCGAAAACGUUCAGAGUAUAUCAUAGCCAGGGACCCAGGACAAAUAAGCAAGAAGAUGAUUAUAUUGUAGAUCACACGGUUAUUAUGUACCUAAUUGACCCCUCUGGCCAAUUCCACGAUUAUUACGGACAAAAUCGAAAAGCUGAGGAGAUCGCCAACGUUAUUGAAAUGAAAGUUCUCAAAUACCAAGCCCAGAACCGGAAAUCGUUAUUGAAUUUGUUCUAGAUUUUUUUACGUGUAUUUUUUUUUGUUUUUUUUUCUGUUUAGGUAGCUAUCUUCCAUCUUUUUGUUGUAAUUUUCAGCUCGGUUAGAUUUUUUUUGUUUAUUUAAAGAAAACCAUUGCUCAGCUUAA